AGAAGUAUGACAAUGUGGCUCAUGCUGGCGUGGCUUGCAGUGGCAGCUGCUGCACCACAGGGAGUAGACAGGAUUGUCGGGGGAUACGAGUGCAGCCCCCAUUCACAGCCCUGGCAGGUCUCCCUUAACGUCGGGUACCAUUUCUGUGGUGGAUCCCUCAUUACGGACCAGUGGGUGGUGUCAGCUGCCCACUGCUGGUACUACCCCAACUCCAUGCAGGUGAUCCUGGGAGAUCACAACAUCCAGGUCUUUGAAAACACCGAGCACCUGAUGCGCAUCGAGACCAUCGUGUGGCACCCCAGCUAUGACUACCAGACAAUGGACCAUGACAUCAUGCUCAUCAAGUUGGCUCACCCUGUCCGGACUGACGCCUACGUCCAGCCUGUUCCCCUGCCGACCGCCUGCCCAGCUGCCGGCACUUCCUGUGUGGUGUCGGGAUGGGGCAAUAUCCUCAGUGAUGGUGUGUUCAGCCCCUACAACCUGCAGUGCGUCAACAUCCCCAUCCUCAGCAGCGCAGAGUGCGAGGGCUCCUACCCUGGGAUGAUCACCAGCACCAUGCUGUGCGCUGGCUACCUGGAGGGAGGCAAGGAUGCGUGCCAGGGAGACUCUGGUGGUCCACUGGUCUGCAACGGGGAGCUGCAGGGCAUUGUGUCCUGGGGGAUCGGCUGUGCCCAGAAGGACCAACCCGGCGUCUACACCAAAGUCUGCUCCCUGCUGCCCUGGAUCGAGAGCACCAUGGCUGCCAACUAGUCCAGACAGAAUUAUUCUCAUCUGGGAACCUGUACACUCCCACCACUCCACUGGACCCAGACCAGGGGAAGAGGGAGGCCAUCUCAGUGCGGAUUGGUGCAUUACCACUGUAAUGCAUAGCCAGAGCAAGUGCAAGAGACAGUAAUAAAUCCAGCU